CCUCCAUUAACGUUUUCUCUCUCUCCUCUCUGCUUUCCCGCUCUAUAAUGAACGCCAGAUUUCGGACUGGCUUUUACUCUGGAAGGACGUCUCAGAAUCAUAAAUGCGGUUAAGGUAUCUUGUUAUUGAGAUUUGAAAUCGUUUUACGCAGGAGGAGGCGGAUAAGAAAACGGAAAUGCAUGGAAGCAAAUUGAACGGACCUCCAAAACCGUCAUCUACUCAUCGUAGAUCAAGCAGAGAGAGGAAAUUGGAUCUGCUUCAAGAUGUUGAAAUGCUGAAGAAUAGGCUGAGAUAUGAAGAGAAUGUUCAUAAAGCUUUGGAGAGAGCAUUGAAUAGACCUCUUGGAGCGCUUCCAAGACUUCCUCCUUAUCUUCCUCCUCAUAUUUUAGAGCUGCUUGCUGAAGUAGCUGUUUUGGAGGAAGAGGUAGUUAGGCUUGAAGAACAUGUCAUAAAUUUCAGACAAGAUUUUUAUGAUGAGACUCUUGUUACUUCAUCAACAAUAUCUGCCAAUUCACUUCAUUUCCCUACUACUAAGCAAGAAGGAGAACUCGAAUACCCGAUUGGACUCAAACGAACUUCUUCAACUCGUCAUCGAAGGCUACUUUCAUCAUCAUCCGACCCCUUUUCAAAUUCGACUCGUUUCUUACCAAAUGGGAGACUGCCUCCAAAAGAACUUGUUUCCAAAGAAGAAGAAGAAGGGCGAAACGGGAAGGAGAAUAACCGAUCUUGUUCGAGUAGCAUGAGUAAUAACAUACCGGGUAGAAAAACAUCGAUGGCCAAGAUGUUUCUACAAAGACAUCGACUUGACUCGGACUCGGUAAUAGUUGUUCCGUUUGAAGCUAGAUGAUGAUAAAAUGGGUGUUUUAUUUGAAUUUGGUUUUAUACCAUACAUGUUGAAAUAUUUGUGUUGUAUCUGAAACAAAAACUUAUUUUUAAAUACAUAUUCAUAUAAGUUCGGUACGAGAGACCAAAAGAAACGUGGUAUUUCAAAAAUAUAUAAUAUGUUUUAUUUUUCUUUC